CGGAGGCAUCUAUAUAAAGGGAUGUAUUUUCCUGUACAAUUUUGUUUUGGAAAUGUGCCUCUCCCCUGCAACUAGUACAUCCUGCUGUAUCCGUGGUUCGUGGUCGAAGCGUGUUCACGGUAGCCGCCUUGGAUCAGCUUUUACCUGCAGUACAGUACAGUACUACCUAAAUGAGGUAGACUUACAGCGGACACCGCUCUGCAUUUUAGCGCCUAUAGCGACGCCAAGCAGGCAACUGACUCACUGGGAAAAAACGUCAAACCCCCACAGUGGUCCUCAGCCUGCCUUUAGAGCCUGCCAUCCGCUGAACACCCGCUAGAAACUGGCGCCAUCCCCGGCACAAAAGAGCCGCUCCCCCCACUGACCCCGUCUUCACCCGGGAACAUUUCUUGUGCCAUUUGGGGCAGGCAAGGCUUCAUCCUUCCAUCCUCUUUUUGCUUACUUUUAUCCUGCAUCCCCUCAAUCCGUCCCCCCUCCGCUCGCGUUGUGUGUUUGCAUACUGCAUCCUGUGAUUGGUCUCGUUUGCACAUCGCGGACUGAGACAAUCGCAGCCACAACAGCAUCAAGAUGGAGCAAUUGGAGCGGAACACCUUGCCGCCGUGGCUCACGUCACUGAGCCGUGUCCACCAGACGCCGCAACUCUUUAUGGCUAAACCCGUGUUUAGCUUCAAAGACCCCUCGCUUCCAUGGAUUGACACCAUCAACAACAUUGCCAAAUCGGGGAGGAUACAAUAUGGCGUGCUCACACUGUCUCUGCUUUGGCUGCUAAUCAGAUUCGCAUUUCGAAGACGAGCUCCGAUUCUGUCUACCAGCAAGACAUCUGCUGUUAAAUGGGCAUAUGAAGUACCUUCUCAGGUGCUACGAGCCCUAUCCUUCAUCUUCAUCGUCGAGGCCUGUGUUCGUAAAGAAGUGCACAGAGCUAGUGCUGCCCUGGUUGCAUAUGCCUUCAUCCUAGGUCUUUUCCGCCUCACCAAUGACUUGCGCUGGCGCGUCGCUGCACUUCAUCAAGUCAACUUGGCCCUCCUCGCAGCAUUUCUCCUCUUGGUACUCUCGCGCUAUCUUCCCUGCAUUCAGAUUGAGAACCGAUGUGAGAAUAUCCCCAGUGUAGUCUACUCGACUAUAGCUCUCGGUACUGCCUUGGUCCUUGCCACCAUUGCGCCCUCAGAAUGGGUUCCUCCGCAACUCCCAGUAGAAAUUCCGGGCUAUGAACCUGCCACAGAGCCCUCAAAAGAGGAGGCCGCAAGCUUCUUCAGCUACUAUUUCUCGUACCACUGGCUGGAUUCCACUCUUUGGAGGGGCGCCAUGGGGAAGCUCGAUUUGAAGAGUGUGCCUGUUGUUGCAUGGUAUGAUGAACCUUUGUAUCUGGUACAUCAGAUACAUCGUGCCCGAGAGCUCUACAAGCGUACCAUGCGUACCACCUUUGGCUUUAUGCGGGUUGAGUUGGCUCGCAUGUCUUUCUGGGUCGGCCUCGCCUUCAUCAUUGAGAAUUCCACCCCAUACGCCAUGUAUAGGCUCCUUGCCUACAUUGCUGAUCCCACUGACGACUCAUAUAACCCGUAUCUGUGGGUUGCUAUGCUCUUCAUUGGACCCAUGUCUCGCUCCGUCUGCUUCCAGCAAUAUCUAUACGAAAGUACCAGACUUAUGGUUCGAGUCAAGUCUGCUAUGACUCAAGAGCUCUACGCAGCAGCUCUCUCUUCUAUGGAGCUUGAAGAUGAUCCUUUCGAUAAAAGCACUGACAAGGACAAAGCAAAGAAUGCAGACUCCAAGGAUACACACAAGACUACCUCAUCUGGUCGCUUAGCUAGUCUGAUGGCAGCUGAUGUUGAUGCCAUCCAUCGCGGCCGCGAUAUUAUCAUGGUUGCCAUUGGAGUCCCUAUCGGUACUAUCAUUUCGUUUGUCGGAUUGUACAAGAUGAUUGGUUGGCCUUCCUUGGUUGGUAUGGCUGUCCUGGUCUUGGGAAUGCCCAUCUCUGCUCUGCUUUCCAAACUCAUGUUCCACACUCAACGCAGGGUCCGCCAAGCACAGGAUGCCCGUAUCUCACUAGUUACCGAGUACUUGGGCUCGAUUCGCGCUAUCAAGUAUUUCGCCUGGGAAAAGCCAAUCACCGAAAAGAUCGUCAAAUCUCGCCAGACCGAACAGAAGAGCCUUUGGAACAUGGGUCUGCUGCAAAUCUGGAUUAAUCAAGUCACCCAGGGAUUCCCAUUGCUCGCGCUAGUUGUUACAUUUGCCUUCUAUGUUGGCGUGGCCGGUAACAAUCUUGAUGCCUCUGUCGCUUUCACCACUGUUACCCUUAUGAAGAGCAUCCGCCGAAACAUCAUGAUGGCCAGUGGCCUUACUCGCGCGUUUGCUGGUUCCUUGGUUGCUUUCGGUCGACUGGACAAGUAUUUUGAAAGCACCGUACCGCUGCAACAACACGCUGAAGGCCCACUGAAGAUUUCCAAAGCCAGGUUUCGUAAGACAAAGAAGGCAGCAUUCGUUCUUGAGAGUAUUGACUUGGACUUUGUCGAGGGUGGCCUCAACGUCAUUACAGGCCAAAGUGGUAGCGGCAAAACCACUCUCCUCCAAUCCAUCCUCGGUGAAACCUAUCUAGAAGCAGGUUCUAUCACUGUACCUGCAGAUAUUGCCUACGCCUCGCAGACUGCGUGGUUACAAAAUGACACAAUUCAGAACAACAUUUUGUUUGGUCAGCCAUUGGAUACCAUUCGCUACCACCGCAUUCUGAGCGCUUGCUGCCUCAACAUCGAUCUUAAGGAGCUGUCGCUAGGUGACAAGACCGUGGUUGGUGAAAAUGGAACCUCGCUAUCUGGUGGACAACGUGCAAGAGUCGCUUUGGCUCGCGCUCUCUAUUCUCAAGCACCUUUGGUUCUUCUGGAUGACAUCUUCUCGGCAUUGGAUGCCAAGACUUCUGCUGGCGUCUGGAGGCGUUGCUUCUGCACUGAUAUUUUGAAGGGACGGACUCUGGUUCUUGUCACUCAAUUGCCGUGGAUCUCUGAGCAGGCCGAUUUCUCUGUUGAGCUUGAGAAGGGCUUAAUCCUUUCUCAGGAAGUCCAGAUUGGUAUUACUCGCAAACCUAUCACCAUCGCGGAGAUCCUUGGUGGUGAUGACGAUGACGAAGAUGAUGAUGUUGAAACACCCGCUGAGCCCGACGUAGCCCCUACCGACGAUGCUAUUGAUGAACCAGCCAAAGUCGUCGAAACGUCUGACGCCGAUGCACUCGUGGACCAAGAGUCUAAAGCUACGGGGCGUGUUGGCCGUUUAUCCUUUUUGCAAUACCUGGGCUACUAUGGCCACCCUACUUUCGGUAUUGGUAUUGUCGUGCUCAUGUUUAUUUCGAACGUCGCCUUUUUCGGAAGCUCUUACUGGCUUUCCAUCUGGGUCGAGGCAUAUGACAAGUACAGCUACGUCGACACGACCUUCUAUCUCGGCAUUUUCGCAGCAGCAUCCUUCUUCGAGCUUACCUCCUACGGUGCUGUCGUUGUCCUUUUUGAAUGGGGCUCUUGGCGAGCUGGCCGAACUCUACACAAUGACUUCAUCCGUGCUGUCAUGAGCGCACCUCUCUCCUGGUUUAACAAAAUCCCCGUGGGCCGCAUCACCAACCGAUUUGCCGGUGAUAUGGCAUCGAUUGACGGUCAAUUGAGUCCAAUGCUUCGAUUCUCACUUGAUGCAUUUAUGAUGUUCUUCUUCCGCAUCGCGUCUGUCAGUGUCAUUAUGCCUAUUUUCAUGAUCCCGUCCUUCUUUACAUGUCUCAUUGGCCUCUUGGUUGGAGAAGUGUACACCCGAACCGCCGUCAUUCUCAAGAGACUUACUUCAUCAGCCCAAUCUCCUGUCUUUUCCCAGUUUGCAGACACCUUGGCUGGUUUAGCCAUCAUUCGUGGUCACCAUGGAAAGUCACAGGCCUUUAAAGAGGAGCUGGCAAACAAGCUCCGUACUUGGUCCGCCACAUCGGAAGCCAAUUUCAACUGCAACCGUUGGGUUGCAGUUCGUAUUGACUUUGUUACCUCCUUGAUUUCUAUGCUCGCCGGUGUCUUGGCCUUGAAGCAGAUGGGUAUUGUCGGUGCCGGUCUUGUCGGUUUCUCUUUGAGCAAUGCCAACGGUCUCAACCAAACCAUUCUGAUUCUGGUUCGAGCAAUGAACGAUUUGGAGGUUGAGAUUCAGAGUUUCCACCGUGUCAAGGAGUACGUCAAGCUUGAACCAGAAAACAAGGACGAUGUGGUUUACCCUGACGAGGGCGAGUAUGCCGAUGAUGAGACAAAGACCAUUCCGAAGAACUGGCCGCGAUCUGGCAGCAUUGAAUUCCGCAAUGUUACCAUCCGAUAUGACCCUGAGGGUCCAGAUAUUCUUACUGACGUCAACCUCAAGUUCAACUCUGGCGAGCGAGUCGCUGUUGUUGGCCGAACUGGAUCAGGCAAGAGUACUCUUGUCCUAUCUCUUCUUCGCUUCACGCACAUCGUCUCCGGUCAAAUCUUGUACGACGGUGUCGAUAUUACAACCGUCAGUAGGGAACGCCUUCGCGAGGGCCUCACCAUCAUCCCUCAAGAAGCAGUUCUCUUCAAUGGCACUGUCCAGUCUAACCUGGAUCCUAGCGACAGCCUCUCAGAGAAUGUGCUUGAAAAGGCACUCGAGAACUGCCGCGGCAUUGCUUCUUUCUCUGGUAACGAAUCUGGUUCAGACGAUGAUGACACAGUCGUGCACCGCGGUGGCAUUGCUCUUGAUACCGAUGUUGAAGCCAAGGGCGAGAACUUUUCUCACGGACAGCGCCAAGUGCUAUCGCUUUGCCGCGCUCUCAUUCGUAAAAGCAAGCUCAUGUUGCUGGAUGAGGCCACUGCUAGCAUGGACUAUGAAACCGACCGGGGAAUUCAAAAGGUUCUCCGCGACGAGCUAGAGGAAGCUGGCGGUGAUCGCACGCUAGUCACUAUCGCGCAUCGUCUUCGCACCAUUAUUGAUUACGAUACCGUGGUUGUCAUGGGCGCCGGAAAGGUGGUAGAAUGCGGUUCGCCCAAGGACUUGUUCUAUGCCAAGGGAGUCUUCUAUGACAUGGUAUAUCAUAGUGGUGAGAUGGAGGAGCUCCAGGCUUUACUUGGAGAGGAUGAGUCGGGUAAGGCUUCAGAGGGAUCUCUGUCGUCUGCCACACAGGUUGAAUAAGACCAGUGAAGAAAAAAGUCGUGAUUUGAUUUUUACCUCAAGAUUGUAUAGAGAAGACUUUGGAUCUAUUCGCAUUUAGUUUUAGCAUAGGUUGUUCCUUUGAUUACACAGGACAACCAAAACAUAUAUCAAGUUUUGGAUUAUCUUUGCAUUACACGGAGAAGGUUUACAGAUGAACAAUGUGAAGUUGCGUUCAACGAAACAUCAAGGUAGAACCUAGUCAAAGCGAUUCAUUUGUCUUGUAAUGAAUAAUUGUGUAUUGGGACUUCCCGGCAAGGAAGCUAUGGCGGACGAAAUGGGUGACAAAUAAUACUUGAUAAAAGAAAACCAAAAAGGAAUAAACGCCUCAGCCAAAACAGACCGCCUCACGAGUCACGUCUGGCUGCUUCCGCGAUAGCUGGAUCCGUGUACUUUCCAGUCCAUCAUAACCACAUAGCCCUUAUAUGCUGGCGUUUUUAAAGCACGCUUCGGAGACCAAAUCCUCCUCAUUGCGCAGGGGCAUCGGCGGCUGGUACCGGCACGCCUACCUCUGCGCCGCCGGCGCCGGCCUCGACGUUGUGAUAGUCUAAAAUUUCAGAGUACCUGGGCGAUGUUAGCAUAUUCCGUUGGUUUCAAGUGUGUGUGUAUAGGUUAUUUACAUCAUAAUCUUCCAUGUAUCAACUGGCAGGUCUGCAUCGUUAAAGCUCCAGUCAAACUUCUCUUCCGCUACGGGUUCGUCGGUAGGAUCGUGAUAGGGACCGAGGUACUCGUGGGCUAGAGCCUCAGCAGCGGUAAGGCGCGUCUUGGGAUCGAAAACAAGCAUCUUCUCAAGAAUAUCCACAGCUGUACAAAAUAUGUUAGCAUAGAGUCGAUCCAAUGCUAUGAGGGGGCAACUCACCGGCAUCAUCUGCAUUAGGGAAUUUGCUUCGAAGAGGCUGUCGUUCGCGAACGGGAAGUGACUUGACGAAUCGAAGGGUCUGCCACUCUAGUUAGCGCCGAUUCAACCGGUAGAUAAGCUUGUACAGGACAAUGUCACGCUCACGUUUUCGCUAGCAAUGGUGUUGAUAACAUCAUCGGGAGGGGUUCCAAGCAAUUCUGUGAUGAUGGAAAACUGGUUGACGUGAUCCUUUCCAGGGAACAACGGCUUGCCCUCAAGCAUCUCUGCAAAGAUACAACCAGCGCUCCAGAUGUCGACCUCUACGUCAUACUUUUGCCAGGUGAGCAUGAUUUCGGGUGCUCUGUAAUAUCGGGUGGAGACGUAUCCAGUCAUUUGAGGGUCCUGAAUACGGGCGAGACCAAAGUCGCAGAUUUUCAAAUCGCAGUUUUCAUUGACGAGAAUGUUGCUAGGCUUAAGAUCACGAUGGACAACGCCUGCGGAGUGGACGUAUUUCAGACCGCGCUUGCAGAUGUUAGUUCGGCUCCUAGUCAUAUAUCAUGAGCUGUAACUAACCAUAAUCUGGUACAGAAAGUACUGGAUAAACUGUUUCUCGAGCGGCCGAGACGUAAGGAGGCGGUGGAGAUCGGUACCAAGCAGUUCUGUGACAAAGUAGCUGCGGUGGGAGUUAGUUGAGACGACAGGAUGACAGAGCAUUGCUUGCAUGAAACAUACAUGUCCUCCAGAGGCGAGAUGAAAAUAUCACUGAGGGAGAUGAUCUAGCCGGGGAGGUUAGCGGAUGAAGAGGCUGUGCUGCUUGCUGCUGAAAUUGCAUACGUUUUCGUGACGGAGGUGCUUGAGAAGCUUAAGCUCGCGGUAGGUUCGCUUAGCGAGGACUGGUGUGCUAAAGGGCUUCAUGAUCUUCUUGAUGGCGACAUUUUGGUUUGUGAGCUGGUCUCUGGCGGAACUGUAGACACGCAGCGACGUUAGACAUCUCGUCUAUUGGCAACGAUACGGGGGUGCAGGACAUACCAAACGAGGCCAAAGGCACCCAUGCCAACGGGCUGAAGGUCAGAAUACCUGCAGAAACAGAGUCAGUAUGUCGUCAUUGACGUUGCGAAUAGUUUAUUUGUCGACUAUUCCGCUGCGCCGGACAACGCAAGGUAGACCCUUACCUCGAGGUGAUCUCAAAGGUGGUGCCAAAGAUUUGCGCACGCACAAACUCGGCCAUGAUGGGCUAUCUUGGUUGCUUGUGAAGCUACAGCUGUUGGUUGCUUAUUUCUGGAUUUGGGAAUCGGCCGAUUCGGAGACGAGAGGCGAGAUGACGUGGAAUGCGUUGCGCGAUGGAGGAUGCAAGUGCAGCAGAUGGAUAAUUGCGAGAAAUGCUUAGUUAAUGACGGUUGCUGGGAACGUGGUGAAGCGGGUAGCAGCGCGGGGGACAAGGUUUCGAGGAGUCGAGAGAGAGAGCGAGAGUGGGUGGACCACCUUCUUGUGAGGGGUUUGCGCUGAUGCGGCGGUCGGGGGGAGGGGCACCGAAAGACGCCCGAGGGACGCUAUAGAUGGUGGUGGUGGUGGCGAGCGAGGGGCAGCAAAGCAGCACUGAGCGCUGGAAAAGCAGUAUUGGUUAGAAAAUAUCAAAAGAAAAGUGUGACGUAUAAAAGAUAGUAGAGGAUUAUUUGCUGAAAUAAAAAAAACAAUGAGCACACAGGGGAAGCCUGACAGCAAGGAUGAUUGUGAUGAUGGCGGGGACCUGCAAGAAGAUAAAGUGGCGUUAAAAAGAAGAAAAAAAAACAGCACAGCUGGGGGCAGCUGUACAGUGGGCUACAGGGCCCUGAAGCAGGUGCCUAGCUUUGGGCUUGGAGGACGGCUUGAACAGCGCUGCAAUGCAAUCUGCAUUCGCUGAGGCAAGGCAAGAGGGAGACGAAGAAAGGAAGGAAGAAAUAAUUCAACGCGUUGAUAUAGCCCCGUGGGGAUGGGACUGGUGGUCUUCUCUGUGCACACGGUUUACACACCUAGAGUUCAGCGUGGCCAACGGUCGAGUGCUGAGUUUCGCGUCGGUGUUCGUUAGUCGAGUGAAGCUUGUUGUUUUAUCCUUCUCUGAAAAAAAAAGAAUCCAAUGUAUUAUCCAACUUCGUUGAGUAAUACCUUCCGCAAUUCGUUCGUCGUGGAAUUCUGCAAUGCAAGGACCCUGACUGCUGUUUAGUGUUAGUGGUGUCCAAUCCAACAGGUUUCUGUCCUAUAGACGUACAAUACAAGCCUUUUCAGCUUCGUCGUUAUAUUUUUAAAGCACAAUGCACCAGAUUGGUUAAAUUGAAUUGGUCGUCGUAGCCAAAAACAAUAAAUCGAAAUGAUGCAAAAGCGGCAGCCCUCUAGAAGCACCGGCAUUUCUCGUCGCCCUUUGACAACCCUGAUAAUGAUGAUGUCAUUCAAAAUGCAAAACCCACCUCAGCGCAUUUUUGGGCGGCACAUGCAACGUCAGAUCUCCAGACUUUGCAAUAAGCACCACUUCGCCCCAUGGCCAAGGGUAUCAUUGCUAUUCUCUUUUCUCUUUUAAUUCCUACAAAGUAAACCAACCCUAUACUAAAGCACAGUAUCCCAUCACUUCUAACAAAAAUACGCGCAUCCCGUAAAAGAAAACGCCCUCGAUCUUGUUCCCCAUCCUCACCGGCUAUAGGCAUCGGCGACACCGCUGUCAAAUCGGGCUUCUUCAAACCCUAUCCACUACGUUACGCAUCAGCAGCGCCAUGUCUGAGUGGCCCUAUAUUGCGACGCUGCUGGGUCCGCCGCCACCAAGUCGUAUGGCACCACGUACCUAGAUUCAGCUCGAGCGAAUAAUAAGAAACAAAAAAGAAAAAGCCCGAAUUUACAAGAAAAAGGAAUAUUCAAUUCAACAACUAAAUAUACUCUGCAAGAGCUUCGGCUACAAGCUGGGACUGGUUCAUUGUGCACUGCUCUAUUCAGAGGGAGCAGGAGCCAGAGGCUCAACAUUCCAGAUAGACUCGGCGUAUUCGUGCAUGCAACGAUCACUGCUGAAGAAUCCCAUGCGUGAGACCGCCUUGAUGCAGCGUGUAACCCACUCGUCCUGGUUGCGGUAUGCCUCGUCAACCAAGUGUUGCGUCUCGAUGUAGCUGUGGAAGUCAUCCGAAACAAGGUAGUAGUCGCCGUGCUCGCGAACGGCGGCAAUCAUGGCACCAAAGUCGUGCGGAGUACCAAAUCGGCCACCUUCAAUCUCCUUAAAGACCUGCUCCAAGUCGCUAUCAAUUGUGUGCGAGCCGUAUGUAUGCGCGUGGCGCAAGUCCUCCACAUCCUCAGACAAGUUGCCAAACAGGAAAAUGUUGUCUUCUCCGACUUCGCGAGUGAUUUCAAUCUAUCCCCAAUGUUAGCAAACUACUUCGUAGCUGUAUACUGCGGUGUUACCCAAUACGUACGUUGGCUCCGUCGCAAGUACCAAUGAUUAGGCCACCAUUCAGAACAAACUUCAUGUUGCUAGUACCCGAU